ACAAGGACCCAGGCGUCCGGGUCCCCAGGAACCUCGAGACGUUCAGGCCCCCCCGCCGCGCUCCCCUGAGAUCAGACGGACUCCUCCCCCCCCUCCGACACACCUGGACCGGUCCCGGGGGGCCGGGUUACGGGCAGAGCCCCCCCCCCCUUUCUGAUCGGCCCCGCCCCCUUCCCGGACGGGCGGCAGGUCCCCCUCCCCCCCAUCAUGUGGAGGGCGCCCGUCCUGCUCCUGCUGGGCCAGGCUUUCAUCUCCACCUUUGCCAGCCCCCCCAACAGGCAGCAGCCCCACGCACAGGUCGGGGGACAAGUGUUCCUGGGUGCAGAUGCCGCGCAGGGAUUCUUGGGGCGCCGGCUUCUCUACAAUCACUGGGACUUCGAGCUGGUGACGCCGGGGAACCUGGAGCGCGAGUGCCUGGAGGAGGUUUGCAACUACGAGGAGGCGCGGGAAGUCUUCGAGGACGACGUUGCAACAAAAGCCUUUUGGGACACUUAUCCCCACAAUGGGAAAGGCGGGAGCUCAGACAGCCCCGGGGUGGACGUGGCCGGGCUGGUGGCCGGGCUGGUGGCCGGGCUGGUUCUGAUGAUCAUGGUCGGCGUCAUUGCCAUGUACUGGGUCAAGUACCGGUCCAAGGAGCGCAGGCAGCGCAGCGUCCACGUGCCCCUGAAUCCCGACGUGCCCCUGACCUGCCUCCCUGGCGACCCCAAGCCGCUGGGCCCCCCCGGGCUGCCGUCGUACCAGGAGGCACUGGAGGCGUCAGGUGUCCACGACGCGCCCCCCCCGCCCUAUCCCAGGGCUCCCAGCUCUUCUGCCCAGCCCCACUGAUCGGACCCACAGCCACUGGAUUGCUGCUGGGGGGGGGGAGUGUGCAUCCGUGGGUCACAAUGAGUGUGUGGUGAAUGUCUGAGACAGUGAGUGUGCAAAGCAUGAAGUGAAAUGGGGUGAAUGUGCAGGUGUGAGUGUGUGAAGUGAGCGUGCAAGGUGAGUGUACAUGCAUGUGGCACCGGGUGCGUGCAAAGGGGGUGCAAGGCAGGGGGCACAUGGGACUGGGGUGUGUGCAAGGUUGGGGAGUUGCAUAUGAUGGGGCCGUGUAUGUAAGGCACGUGGAUGAAUGUGCCCGGGGUGUGUGUGUGUGUGAGUGUGAGACAUGAGGGUGCAUGUGAGUGUGAUGUGGUGUGAGUGUGUGAGGAUGUGGGCAGUGGCUGUGCAACAUAUGAGGGAUGUGUGUGAUGGGGAGUGGCUGUGCAAGAUACACGGGGUGUGUGAAGUGGAGCAAGUGUGCAAGAUAGGGAAUGUGACGGGGAGCAGGUGUGCGAGACAUUGGGGCAUGUGUGCCGGGGGUGGAUGGAUGAGUGAGACACAGCGGGUCAAAGUGUGCGAGACACAAGUCUGUGUGGAGGAGUGAGGGGGCACAAGCAUGCUGGGUGAUGUGCACACGUGCGACGGUGAGUGUGAGGCUGAAGCGAGCGUGCAACACACUGAGCACGUGUGCAAGGCACAAGUGUGUGCUUGUGCUGCGGGUGGCAUCUGACAGAGUGCGGGGCACAGAGGAGCCGGCUGGGGAUGGCGCUGACCCACCCGGUCCCCAUCCCCCUGGAGCCGGCUGCACCGGGGCUGGGACCCGCCUCCUGCGCCGGGAUUGUUGUCAGUGAAAUAAAGCGCCAGCCGUUUGCUACAA